AUGGCAGCACAAGAAGAGUUCAUAAGAACGCAAAUCUUUGGUACGGUCUUCGAAAUCACCAACCGGUACACGGAUUUAAAUCCCGUCGGGAUGGGCGCAUUUGGGCUGGUAUGCUCGGCUACCGAUACCUACACCAGCCAACCGGUGGCAAUUAAGAAAAUAAUGAAGCCGUUUUCCACUGCAGUACUAGCCAAGCGGACGUAUCGAGAGUUAAAACUGCUCAAACACCUCAGACAUGAAAACCUCAUCUGUCUGGAGGACAUAUUUUUGUCGCCGCUAGAGGACAUCUACUUUGUUACCGAACUACAAGGUACCGACUUGCAUCGUCUUUUGCAAACUCGGCCCUUGGAAAAACAGUUCGUUCAAUACUUUCUGUAUCAAAUUCUCAGAGGCCUCAAGUAUGUUCACUCGGCAGGUGUGAUCCAUCGAGACUUGAAACCUAGCAACAUCCUGAUAAAUGAGAACUGCGAUUUGAAAAUUUGUGACUUCGGGCUGGCCAGAAUUCAAGACCCUCAAAUGACCGGCUACGUAUCUACUCGGUACUACCGAGCUCCAGAAAUCAUGCUUACAUGGCAAAAAUAUAAUGUCGAAGUUGAUAUUUGGUCCGCUGGCUGUAUCUUUGCAGAAAUGAUCGAAGGAAAACCUCUUUUCCCCGGUAAAGACCACGUUCAUCAGUUCUCCAUCAUCACGGACUUGCUAGGUUCUCCUCCAGAAGAUGUUAUUAACACCAUUUGCUCAGUAAACACUCUGAAAUUCGUAACUUCUCUACCUCACAGAGAUCCAGUAUCAUUCUCUGAACGUUUCAAGAAUGUCGAGCCCGACGCUGUUGAUUUAUUGGAGAAGAUGCUCGUAUUUGACCCGAAUAAGAGAAUAACCGCGGCAGACGCUCUUACGCAUCCAUAUUUAGCACCUUAUCAUGAUCCUACCGAUGAACCUGCCGCGGACGCAAAGUUUGAUUGGCACUUUAACGAUGCUGACCUACCUGUGGAUACUUGGAGAGUCAUGAUGUAUUCGGAAAUCUUAGAUUUCCAUCAAAUUGGUGACAAUCAAAUAGAUCCAAACGCUACAUUCGAUGAUCAGGUAGCCGCUGCUACUGCUGCGGCACAAGCAGCCCAAGCAGCUCAACACCAACAGGAGGGGCAAUCACAACAACAAGGAAGCCACCAAUCAGAUACACAACAAAAACCAUCGCAACAACAUCAGACCACAGCGCAACAACAACAAGGUGGCAGUAAUAUGUCAAGUGACGGUCAACAACAUGACACCUUGAAUUCGUAUGCUAAUCAAGCUGCACAAUACGCUACAGAGUUUCAAUAG